CUAAAAGCUAGCACAGCUCCCAAACCCUAAACUUUUUUUAAAAAGAGCUCUGUACCGGACCUGCCGCACACUCUUCUCUUAAUUAUCCUAAAGCUGGGAGAAGAGGGUGGAGAGAGCGUCGGAGAAAACAGGAGAGAAGGGAGAAGAAGUAAGUAGAGGGACCGUGGCAGCGACAGGGUGGAGAGGCGAGAGGAGCAGAGACAUCUGGUAUUCAAACCGCAUGGGAGAGGGAGAAGGACUUCCUGCUGAGUCUUAAAAGCAUCAUCAUCAUUUCAAGUCGGGGAGCGUGUAUCUGCUCGACAUGGGCCCUCACUCUCUGUUGAUGGCGCUGAUGGUGGUUGCCACAGCAACUGGGGCCUAUGCAGCCGAGGAGGAGAAUGAAGUGGAUUACGGGUACUGGAACUACAGAGAGGGAGCUGAGAGCGUGAAUGUGGCCUCAGUGCGCAGUGUGACCAGAGUUUUAGAUGCCUGGGGAAAACGCAUCUUCAGUGAGAUCAAAACUCUGCUGCACUCACAGCCCAGCACGCUGCUGCCCGACUACUCCAGGGUGCGCCCUCUGUCCGAGUCUGUCAACGACCUCUUCAGGGAAGUCUCUCUGCUGCACCGACGCAUCGCCGAGCUCUCUCAUCGCCUAGCAACGCUGGAACCAUUUCUCCGUCGCUACGGCUACCAGGGGGAGGAUGGGGAGGAGAAGGAGGAGGAGGAAGGCAGGCGGGCUCACAGCCUGAAAGGGAAGGUGGCGAGUCUGGCCCGGUACACCCCGAGGACCGCAGUGAGCGUGAGCCCGCCCAGAGGGAGCAGGGUGGUGAGGAGGAGACGGGUGAGAGUCCUGAAGAAUAGGGGAGUGAAGCUGGUCAAGAGUGACACAUAGAUGGAUGGACAGAGUGGGGGGGCGGAAAGAUGAAACAGUUGGAGGCUUUGUUGGGUUUACCGAAACGAAUUAUAAAUCCCUUUAUAAACUCUGUAAGGUUUCUACAUAUGCAAUAUAACCUCUGAUUUUUAUUAGUGAGAGACUAAAGUUCUUUAAUAAACUGUUUUAUUAUCACCAUU